GCCAUUUUAAUUCUAUGUUGCAGCUUUUGCUGACAAAAAAGAAAUUGAAGAUUCAAAUAAAAGCAUUCUCGAUGUUCUUUCAGCCAUAAGCGGACCUACAUUAACCUAAUACAAGUACAGUAACAGUAAAGAUGAAGAUAACUGUACACAAGUACAAUAGAGAUCAAGAUACUGAAGAGUAGAAUCAAAAUGGCGAAAGGUUAAAUGGAAAAAAAAAAAAUAAAAAAAAUAAAAGAACUACUUUGAGCUAAUUUACUUAUUAGAAAUAAUUCCAUGACUUUGACCAAAGUUAUUAAUAAUCUAUCCUACUAGCAUAUGUGGCAAUCUCUCUCCCCAUUCCACCACCACUCUGCAGUCAAACUCCAAAUCUUCCUCUUCCCUUUCCCCUUCUCUCUCAACAGCAACAGCAACAGCAGCUUCUCUCUCAACAGCAGCUUCUCUCUCAACAGCAGCAGCAAUAAUGCUUCAAUUCACUUCAACAAAACCCCCAAAUUCCCUUUUCCACUCCCUGAAUUCUCCACAAUUUCUCCCCAAUUCCCUCUGCUCCAUUUCCCUCCCUCUCCAUCUUCCUCUUUUCUACACCAACUCCUCUCAUCACCCUCACCCUCACCCUCUCUCUCUCCGCAUCCGCGCAAUCGACGCAGCCCAACCCUACGACUACGAAGCCCAACUCAAAUCCCAACACCUUAAAUCCCAAUCUCUCAAAAUUGCAUUCAUCGGUUUCGGCAACUUUGGUCAAUUCCUCGCUAAAACCCUCUCCCGCCAGGGUCACACUCUCUUAGCUUACUCUCGUACCAAUUACACCGACAUUGCCAAACAACUCAACACCAGAUUCUACAAUAAUCCACACGACCUCUGCGAGAAUCACCCUGAUGUUCUAAUUUUAUGUACUUCGAUUCUGUCAACUGAAAAAGUUCUAAAGUCUUUUCCUUUUCAAAGAUUAAAACGUAAUACCCUUUUUGUUGAUGUUUUGUCUGUCAAAGAAUUUGCUAAGAAUGUAUUGUUGAAGUAUUUGCCUGUUGAGUUUGAUAUUUUGUGUACCCAUCCAAUGUUUGGUCCUGAAAGUGGUAAGCUUUCUUGGGCUGGUUUGCCUUUUGUGUUUGAUAAAGUUAGAAUUGGUAAUAAUGAUGAUAGAAUUAGUAGGUGUGACAAAUUUCUUGACAUUUUCGCUAGAGAAGGAUGUAGAAUGGUGGAAAUGAGUUGUGUUGAGCACGAUAAGUAUGCCGCCGGGUCGCAAUUUGUGACUCAUACUAUGGGGAGAGUGUUGGAGAAGUUUGGAUUGGAGUCGUCGCCCAUUAAUACUAAAGGGUACGAGACUUUGUUGGAUUUGGUUGAGAAUACGGUUGGCGAUAGUUUUGAAUUGUAUUAUGGCUUGUUUAUGUAUAAUAAGAAUGCUAUGGAGCAAUUAGAGAGGUUGGAUAUGGCAUUUGAGGCUAUUAAAAAAGAAUUGUUUGGAAAAUUGCAUCAAGUUUAUAGGAGACAGUUGUUUGGCACCUCAGAGGGAUUGCAGGAUCGGCCUAAGAUUCAGAAGUUGCUCCGUAAUGGUGCUCCAUCUGUUGAACCUCCUGCGGAUGUUUUGGAACAAGAAAGAGGGAUAUCUUGAAGAUAGAGAAACUGUUACUGUGAGAAUUUUACAAUGUUGUUAGCAUCAGCAGUAAUCACUCAGAAGAGCAACCAGCGUUCAUGUGUUACAAGUGUUGAGUUCUUGACAAUAGAUAUCUGAACAUGUAGAAGUCUCUUUCUUCUACUACCAGAGUAUGGAAGGGCGGGGAAAAUCGCCUGAAGGAUUUUUGAUGUUCUGGCGAAAGCUUCUGCUUCCUCUGAUCUUCUGGGUAUACAUUAUGAAAUAGACGAUCAGCUCCAUACCCUUCAAACUCUUCCACUCCUUUAGCGUACCUUUUUCUCUUCUGCCAUAGCUGCUGUUCAAAGAAUUCCAUAGUCGCUUGUGGAAUAUUAUCUAGAAGUGUUUCUGGAAUCCCAUGACCCAUUGCCUGAAACCCAGGGAAUCCAUAAGAACGCUGAAAGAAGUAUACCUCUCCAUGAUGGAGCAUAUUUUUAACUGAUUUACAACUGUAGUAAAAGUGGUCAGAGUUUAUACCUGAGAGCAACCCCAAGAACAAAGAGCUGAUAUAAGU